UAUACUUACUAAAUUGGACCCAAGCAAACAGCAAGCUGCCUGCUGGGCCGUCUGGUGCCGCUCAGUGUAACUCAUUUUUAAUUGUAAAGAAGCAUCGGAACCAAUCAGCGAGCGUUUCUUCAGAGGACUGGAGGUCCCCUCUGCAGACCCACGGGUGGGACUCGGACACGCUCACGCACACGCUUACUCAGGACUCUCUCUGCCCUCGUGCCCUGUUUACGUGCCCCCACUUUGAAAAAGAGAAAUGUGUGCAUGUGCGCGCGUGGCCGUGAGGAAGGUGGGACAUUGCCGGGACCUUUUUCUCUUUUCCUGAUUGUGCUGGACCGGAAAAGUGCUGGCAGCAGCAGGGCUCGGUCCUCCGGCGGGUCCCCACUGAAACUGAAGCUCUGUUACUGGUCUGGAAGCUGCUGAGGAAACAUCUCCUUCAAAUUCUUCUUCUUGUUCUGGGUGCUGGAAAAUAUGAAGCUGCAGCAAGAGAAGGUCUGAGGACCCGAGCAGAUUCUCUGUUAGGCUACCAAACUCCUCGUCGUCAUGCCUUUCUGGCUGCGCCUCUUGCUCCUCCUCUUUGUGCCUCUCAUCCAAUCCGAUGGGUGCUCCUUCUCCUCUGGCAACAUGACAGAUGACCGUCAGAAGGUCACUCUUGCAGCUAUCUUGCCUACGACCAACACGGAUUAUCCAUGGUCGUGGCCUCGGGUGGCGCCAGCCCUCAACCAGGCAAUCUCGCGGGUGAACUGUGACCCUUGGCUACUCCCAGGUCUGAAGCUACAUCUGGUUCAUGGCAAUUCUGAGAACAACGCUGGCUACUGUUCGGAUUCAAUGGCACCACUGGUCGCUGUUGACCUGAAAUUAGCCCACGAUCCCUGGGCUUUCAUUGGUCCAGGCUGUGACUACUCUUCUUCACCUGUUGCUCGUUUCACCACCCACUGGGAUGUGCCCAUGGUGACUGCUGGGGCCCGUGCCAUAGGCUUUAAAACUUAUGGAGCAGUCACAAACACGGGCCCCACACAUCUGAAGUUGGGUGAGUUUAGUUUGAAGAUCCAGGAAACAUUUGGGUGGCAGCGGCAUGCCAUGCUUGUCUACAGCGACAACAAGGACAGCAACGACGACAGGCCGUACUACUUUGCUGUGGAGGGAGUGUAUGACCUGCUGAGAAUCCAGAACAUCAGCACCUACGACUACUCACUGGAGAAUGACAUCAACUAUAAGUUGGUGGUCCAAAAGAUCCGAGAGAACGGCAGAGUGGUGUACGUUUGCUGCCCCCUGGACAUCUUCAGGAAUCUGAUGGUCCAGUUCUGGAAGGAGGGGGCUGACCUGGAGAACUUUGUCUUCUUCUUCAUUGAUCUUUUUGCUGAGGGCCUCGGUGGUGGACGAUCCGCCAGGCCCUGGUACCGAGGAGAUCAGGACGACUACGCAGCCAAACUGGCCUUCAGGAGUGUGAAGGUGCUGACAUACAUGGAGCCCCACAACCCAGAGUAUUUCCAGUUUGUUGAAACUCUGAAAAGAGAUGCAAAAGAAAGUUUCAACUUCACCAUCAAAGACUCUCUGUACAACCUGGUAGCAGCAAGUUUCUACGAUGGAGUGAUGCUGUACUCUCAGGCUCUGAAUGAGACUUUGAGCCAGCAGAGAACAGGACCAGGACCCAUCAAGAGACCCAAAGGAGAUUUGGUGACCCGUAGGAUGUGGAACAGGACCUUCUCAGGUGUCUCAGGAGUGGUGGAGAUGGACGAGCUUGGAGACAGAGAAAUGGACUUUGCUGUGUGGGACAUGACAGAUUUAGACUCUGGAGAGUUUCAGCUAGUGUCUGUGUAUAAAGGCGGCAUUAAGCAGCUGGUCCUGAAGGAAGGUCUGAACUUUCAGUGGCCCGGAGGCUCGCCACCACCAGAUCUCCCUGAAUGUGGCUUAAAGAACGACAACCCAGCCUGCCUCACACGUACAGUUACAAUGCAUCAGAUGGUUGCCAUGGUGAUGUGUUUUGUCUUUGUUAUCUUCGUCAUCAUCACCAUCUUUAUCUACAGGAAGUUGAAGCUCGAGAGCGAACUGGCGGCUCAGCUGUGGAGAGUUUCCUGGGACGACAUCCAGAUGAGUAACCUGGAAAAAUCCAUGAGAAGAACUUGCAGCAGGCUCACCAUGUCUCUGAAAGGAUCAAACUAUGGUUCGCUGAUGACCAUGGAAGGAAACUUUCAGAUCUACACUAAAACUGGAUACUACAAGGGUAAUCUGGCAGCGAUCAAGUAUAUCAGCAAGAAGCGUAUUGAGCUGACGAGGAAGGUUCUGUUUGAGCUGAAACAUAUGCGAGACGUUCAUAACGAACAUCUGACUCGUUUUAUUGGUGCCUGCCUCGAUCCAUCAAACAUGUGCAUCAUCACAGAGUACUGCCCCAGGGGUAGCCUUCAGGACCUGAUGGAGAGCGAUGGCAUCACUUUGGACUGGAUGUUCAGAUACUCUCUCAUCACUGAUAUCGUCAAGGGGAUGGCUUUCCUUCACAACAGCGUCAUUGUCUCCCAUGGCAACCUGAAGUCAUCCAACUGUGUGGUGGACAGCCGGUUUGUGCUGAAGAUUACAGACUAUGGACUGCAGAGUCUCCGGACCAGCAGCUUCCCUGAGGACACACACGCCUACUAUGCACGAAACCUGUGGACUGCUCCUGAGCUCCUGAGGACAGAGUGUCCACCCGCCAGCGGGACGCAGAGGGGGGACGUCUACAGCUUUGGUGUGAUCCUGCAGGAGGUUGCUCUACUAAAGGGAGUUUUCUACCUCGACUCGCACUCCCUUUCUCCCAAAGAGAUCAUCCAGGCAGUGAUUCAGGGUGGCGUCCCUCCCCUCCGUCCCUCCCUCUGCUUCCACAGUCACAGCGAGGAGCUCGGGGUCCUCAUGCAGCGCUGCUGGAACGAGGAGCCGAGUGAAAGGCCUGACUUUAACACCAUAAAGAUUCUCCUAAGAAAGCAGCACAGAGGUUAUGGUUCCAACAUCCUGGACAACCUGCUGUCUCGUAUGGAGCAGUACGCCAACAACCUGGAGGAACUGGUGGAGGAACGAACUCAAGCCUAUAACGAGGAGAAACGCAAGGCCGAGGCGCUACUGUACCAGAUACUACCACACUCUGUAGCUGACCAGCUGAAACGAGGUGAGUCGGUUCAGGCAGAAGCGUUUGACUCGGUCACCAUCUACUUCAGCGACAUCAUCGGCUUCACCGCUCUGUCUGCUGAGAGCACACCACUGCAGGUUGUGACCCUGCUAAAUGAUCUCUAUACAUGCUUUGAUGCCAUCAUUGACCACUUUGAUGUUUACAAGGUGGAGACGAUUGGGGACGCCUACAUGGUGGUCUCAGGUCUGCCGGUCAGGAACGGUAAACAACACGGUCGGGAGGUUGCUCGAAUGUCUCUGGCUCUGCUGGACGCAGUCAAGAGCUUCAAAAUUCGACACAGGCCCGAUCAGCAGCUCCGGCUUCGCAUCGGCAUUCACAGUGGCACUGUGUGUGCAGGUGUGGUUGGCUUAAAAAUGCCCAGGUACUGUUUGUUUGGAGACACGGUCAACACUGCGUCACGCAUGGAGUCCACAGGAGAGGCCUUAAAGAUUCACGUGUCGGAGGCGACUCGUCAGGUCCUGCAGGAGUUUGGCUGCUUCCAGCUACAACUCAGAGGGGAGAUCGAAGUGAAGGGCAAAGGACGCAUGAGGACAUACUGGCUACUGGGAGAAAAUGAAAAGAACUGACACAGAGCUGACGGUUGAGAGUCAAACACUUUCUGUUUCUCCUGCUUGAUGUCCAUUUAAGUGACAAAUCAGCUACUCACUGACGGAUCCAACCUGGUUCCACUAGAGAUAAACUGCAGAAAAAAACUGUUACAGACAUGGUGAAUGUUUCACUGUAAGACAAAACAUCCAAAAGUAAGUUGUGUAAAUACAAAAUAAAAUUGGUAUUGUUACUUUU